AUGUCCUUUCCGGUGCAUCGAUAUGAUCCCUACUCGUCUACCGGUGCCACUCGUUCCUAUACUCCCUAUACCGACGACACCGAUGGUGACACCGAGCGCCGUUACAACUCGUCUGCAUCGUCGGACACUUCCACGUCAUCGUCCGACUACGAGCAUCUCAAUCUCUUUCACAAACUCGACCAUCUGCAACGGUCCCCGAUCGCGGGACUGUACAAUGUGAUCGUACACAAUAAUCCUGAGAUAGUUGUUAACCGUGGUGUGUCCACCUGCCCCGUUACUGGCGACGGUGGGGGUGAUGUGGACGCAAGUAAAGUUCCCUCCCCAACUAUUACCGUCACGUCACCGUCACCAGUGGCGACAACCAAACAACCAUUAUCUCCACCAAAACCAUCACCAAUACCAAUCCAAAUACCAUCUCCCGCAUUCCAACCGGAAGUUCACGUAAUCGGUGAAGAUAUACGCCAAGAAAUGCCACCAGUAGCAACGCAACGCCCGUACGUGGAGAUCACGGAACAGCCGCAUCCGAAGGCGCUGCGGUUUCGCUAUGAGUGCGAAGGACGAUCGGCCGGUUCGAUUCCCGGCGUCAGUACAACGACCGAUCACAAAACGUUCCCCAGCAUACAGGUGCACGGUUAUCGGGGACGUGCGGUUGUUGUGGUGUCCUGCGUCACCAAGGAAGGUCCCGAUCACAAGCCGCACCCGCACAAUCUUGUCGGCAAGGAGGGCUGCAAGAAGGGCGUUUGUACGGUUGAGAUCAACAGUACCACCAUGAGCUACACGUUCAACAACCUGGGCAUACAGUGCGUUAAAAAGAAGGACGUCGAGGAGGCACUGCGUUUGCGCCAAGAGAUUCGUGUCGAUCCGUACAGAACUGGAUUUGGGCACGCCAAGGAACCCGGCUCGAUCGACCUUAACGCUGUCCGUCUGUGCUUCCAGGUGUUUCUUGAAGGUCAACAGCGCGGACGCUUCACAGAGCCGCUCACUCCGGUUGUGUCGGAUAUUAUCUACGAUAAGAAGGCCAUGUCCGAUCUGAUUAUCUGCCGGUUGAGCGACUGCUGUGCACCGGCAUCCGGUGGAAAGGAGAUCAUUCUGCUCUGUGAGAAAGUUGUCAAAGAAGACAUCAAGGUGCGGUUCUUCGAGAAGAAGGGCAAUAUUACGGUGUGGGAGAACUACGCAGAGUUUUCGCACACCGACGUGCACAAGCAAGUUGCCAUUAGCUUCCGGACACCACCGUACAAAGCGAUUGAAAUAAGUGAUCCUGUGCGGGUUUACGUGCAGCUGGAACGACCAUCGGACAACACAUACUCGGAGGUUCGAGAUUUCCAGUUCAUACCAGCAGACUCAGGUAGGCGUCGAUUUUCCGCACUGCAUCGUGAACUCAUGAAAAAUCCCAACGCUGAUUCUCCCGAGAAUCAGCUCAUCAAGCGCAUCUUGCUCGAGGGCUCCAACAGAUCGGCCUUGGAGCAACAGACAGCCGUAGUUAAGCCCGCUAAUGGUCCUGCUUUGCGUACCGAGGAAGUGAUCGUACUUGACACACCGAUCAUUGAGGAUAAGCCUUUCGUCGCAGAAACGGUAACCAGCGACCAGAAAACGACCGAAUGGAUACAACGAAACGAAUUCAACGUGACAGCCAACAAUGGAAACACUAUCGGCGAUGGCGGUUCCUCAGGCGAUGACAAUCAGAUGAUCAUCGGUGACACUAACAACAACGUUUAUCAGCCCAAUUCGUUCGAUCUGCCCGAUGGCACGACGCACAACACUGACGCAAAUGCGAAUGUAUUCGUUGCACCUGCUGCUAACGCUGCUGCUGCUGGUUCUGCCGCUGUACCGGACGAUGAUCAGACUCUGAAGGAGCUGUUGGAGCAGGUGGCUGAGCUGGACGAGAUCUACACCGAUCACCAGCUGCGCCGCGAAAACUUGAUACUGGAGCAGGAGUUAAAAACGCUCGAACAAACGGUACCCGUCCAGCUCGGAUCACCCGGCGGUCAACCGAUGGACAUAGACGAGGUGUUUGAUGAUGCAGCCACUUACACUAGCCUUCAGCGGGCCUUCAAGAAUCCGCUCUCGAUUACGCUUGGUCCGCCGAUUCCUCCGCGACCGGAGCAUGCAAAGCUGGAUGCGGGUGUGUACGAUGCGGUGGAACCGCUCCAUGUGCCCACGAUCGAUGUAACCUCGCUGAAGCGUGAAUCGCAAGAAAUGGAAAAGCUACCCCCAUUGCCACCGAAGCGUGCCAAACCGAGUGUUCAGAACAAGGAAAACAACGCACUGGAUGCAAACGAUGAGGUGCUUUUGAAUACGAUCAUACGCAAGGGUUCCAUGCGCAGUUUGGCACCUCGUCCCCAGUCCGAUCAAAUCAUCAUCAUGAAAUCGCCCGAUAGUCCGCUGAAUAAAAAGCUUCCGCCCACACCGCCCAGCUCACCCUCGAAGGGUUCUUCGAGUGCUGGAGGUACGGGACCGGGAGACUUUAGCACGCUGCCCAAGAACGGCAACAAAAAGCCGGGCUUUUUCUCCAAGUUGUUCUCACGUAAGAAGAGCAAAUCGGACCUAACGGCCAGCACCAACACGCUCAAUCGCAAGAACGCAUCCGGCACCUCGAAAGAACCAAGUCUGACGGUGGACUUUAGCGGUACUGAGGGUUCGUCACCGCACCGCAAAGGUUCGCUGCGUGAUUCGUCGUCGGGCGAGAAACGCAAGACCGGAAAACCGGUCGCUCGAAGCGUGAGUAGCGUUAGUGCCCGGCGACCAACUUCAGAUGCCAAUCCGGAUUAUAUCUACAUCCCGUUGAAGGGUGACGGACCGACGGGCGGUAUGCAAUCGCGCAAUGGUGGCAGUGGAACGCACCUGUCGCUACCGGGCAACGAUUCGUACGAGCGGGCUAGUACGGCUUCACUGCCACCGCUCGAUCGCAAAGCGGUCAGCGCCUUGCAGCUGGAUGUACCGAUACAGGACGGUAAUCUGGAGCUGGUAGCGAUCGCCGAUGCGCGCAGCAUAAAGAAUCUAGUCGAGGGCAACUACGGCGUUCAGCUGGACCCGAACGUGGAUUUGACGGAGGCGGAACACUUUGCUCUCUAUACCUCGAUCGCCCCGAAUGCCGCGCUCAGCGAGUUCGAUGAAACUUCCUGCUAUUAUGCCCCCGUAGAACCAAGUCCACUGGUCGCCACCGUCCAACAGUAUCCGCAGAACCAGCUGCAGCUGCAGCAGCAGCAGCAGCAACAGCAUCAGAGCCAAAUCACACGAAUGGUCACCGAUAGUGAUGUUUGA